CCAACUCACACCACAGCAUACUGGUACUCGCACUAGCACUGAGAGAGAGAGAGAGAGAGAGAGAGAGAGAGAGAGAGAGAGAGAGUCGUCAUUAGUCUUUAGUCUUUAUUUGAUCGGGUUUCCAAACAAUGGAUCAAAACAGUAACAACAAUCGUGGAACCGGAUAUGCCGGUCGAGGCCGUGGCCGCGGCCGCAACCGCAGCGGCGGAGGGGGUAGGACGGGUCAGGGUGGUGGGUCUUACAGGCCACAACAUACUCAAGCUCUUCGUCCUGAUAUUGAGUCUUUGCAAAUUUCUGAAAAGAAGCCUCCACUCGAUCUUUCUGAAACUACAGAGAAUAGAAUUGUGCCCAUAAACCGGCCUGACAAAGGGGGAACAGAUGCUGACAGGAAGGUUUGGCUCUUGGCCAACCAUUUUAUAGUGAGUUUCAAGCCUGAGGACACCAUAUUGCACUAUCGUAUCGAUAUUGAGCCACAAAUGUCCCGUGGCCCACAACCUACAAGGAACUUUAUACCAAAAAUGGAUCAUCGUCGGAUAUUGAACAAGCUUUUCUCCGAUGACCUCACCCGAUUACCAGACCAAAAGACUGCUUAUGAUGGAAUGAAAUUCAUCUUCAGUAAGGUGCCGCUGCCUACUGGGCAGUUUGGUGGGGAAGACAUGGAGAAUCACCGCUCUCCUAUAUUCACUAUUACAUUAGUGAAUGAGCUGAGUUAUGCCAAGCUAAAGGAUUACAUAAGUGGAAAUCACCGUUGUGAUCCCCGUGAUAUUUUGCAAGGAAUGGAUUUGGUUAUGAAGGAGAAUCCAUCUAGCCAAAGGAUCUCUGUUGGUCGAAGCUUCUAUUCUAGACAAUUCAGGCAAUCAGAUGACCUGGGAUGCGGCAUUGCAGCUUUUAGAGGGUUCCAACAGAGCCUUAAGCCCACUUCUCAGGGUCUAGCCUUAUGUUUGGAUCAUUCAGCUAUGGCAUUUUGCAAGCAUAUGCCUGUCAUAGACUUCCUUAUGGAACAUGUUUGGGGUUUUCAAGAAGUAAAUGAUGUGGGGAAGAAGAAAAGAGAUGUGGCGAAAGCACUAAGAGGGUUGAAUGUCUACGUAACUCAUCGCAACACAAAGCAGAAGUUCCUUGUAGCUGGGCUGUCGAAGGAUAGUGCUCGAGAGAUUUCUUUCACUCUUGAAAAUCAUGAGCCACCAAGGGAAACUGGACUGGUGGAAUAUUUCUGGGAGACAUAUAAUAAGAAGAUAUUGUACGAUGAUAUUCCCUGUUUGGAUCUGGGUAGGAGCAAGAGCAAUUAUGUUCCUGUGGAGUUCUGUACUUUGGUGGAGGGUCAGAGAUACCCAAAGGAGAAGUUGCACCGAGAAGAUGAAAAGAGGUUGAAAGACAUAUCAAUGCCUCGACCAAGGGAGAGAAAGAGCAUUAUCUACGAGAUGGUGCAGGCUAAGGAUGGACCUUGCGGAAAUGUUGUUCGGAAUUUUGGAAUCGCAGUGGAUAAGAACAUGACAAGAGUAGUAGGCCGUGUCCUAGCACCACCUACUUUGACGUUACGUACUCCUGCUGGCAAUCCCCAAGUCAUUAGCGUGGACAGGGAGAGAUGCCAGUGGAACCUAACUAGGAAGUCAGUUAUGGAAGGCAAGCCACUCAAGUGGUGGGCAUUGAUAGAUUUCAGUGUAUUUGACCGUUUUAGGCUGAAUUCUGGUCGCUUCAUUCAGAAGCUGAGAAAGAAAUGCAGUGAUCUAGGAAUCCCUGUGGAGGAGCCUGUGGUGUGUCGUUUCACCGGCAUGCGUGACUUGUCUUCCGUUGCUGCAACUCAAAAAUUACUCGAUGGCGUUGUGAAGGAGGCAAAUGGGAAAUGCAACGGCCGUUUACAACUUUUUGUCUGCGUAAUGUCUGAAAAGCAUGACAGCAAAAAGUAUCUCAAAUGGGUCUCUGAGACAAGGAUUGGAAUAAUGACCCAAUGUUGCUUGGUCAAGCACGCCAACAAUCCCAAAGAAGGAGAGAACGACCAGUAUCUUUCAAACCUCGCUUUGAAAAUCAACGCCAAGCUUGGCGGUAGCAAUAUGGAACUAGUGGAACGGCUCCCUGGUUUCCCAGGCGAAGAACAUGUCAUGUUUAUAGGUGCUGAUGUCAAUCACCCUGCACCAAGAAACACAACAUGUCCAUCUUUUGCCGGCGUGGUUGCCACAACCAACUGGCCUGCUGUCAGCCGCUAUGUUGUCCGGCUUUGUGCCCAGGAGCACCGCAAGGAGAGGAUUGUUGAUUUUGGGGCUACGUGUUUGGAUCUAGUCAACACUUAUGCUCGCCUCAACAAAGUCAAGCCGCAGAAAAUCGUGGUUUUCCGCGAUGGGGUAAGUGAAGGUCAAUUUGAUAUGGUUCUCAACGAAGAGUUACAAGAUAUGAAGAGUGCCAUUUACGAGGAUGAUUAUCGCCCAACCAUCACUCUCGUUGUCACCCAAAAGCGUCACCUGACUCGAAUGUUUGUUGAGAACGAGAGGGACGGGGGUCGAUCUGGAAAUGUGCCUCCAGGAACUGUGGUGGACACGAAGAUUGUUCAUCCCUUCCACUUUGAUUUCUAUCUCUGCAGCCAGCAUGGCGCGAUUGGGACGAGCAAGGCAGCGCACUACAAUGUCCUCUGGGAUGAGCAUAACUUCACGUCGGACCAGAUACAGAAGCUGGUAUACCACCUGUGUUUCACCUCUGCGCGUUGCACCAAACCAGUCUCGCUUGUUCCUCCGGUCUUCUAUGCUGAUCUUGUUGCAUUUAGGGGACGGCUGUAUCAUGACGCGGCCAUGGAGUCUCAGCCGCAGUCUGCUGCUUCGCCGUCGUCAUCAUCUGCUGCUUUACUGAAUGAAGGGUUCUACAAAGUGCACCCGUACCUCAAAAAUGAAAUGUUUUUCGUUUGAGGGGGCAGUCUCUAAUCUUCCUUUUCUAUUCUCUGUUGGGGGAUAGAUAGAUAAAGGAGAAGAUUAUACUACCAUUCACCGUUGGAAACGCCAAACCGCAGUUUCAAAUCUCCUUUCCUAAGCGCUAGAAAAGGAGUUUGUGCGUGAAUCUAAUUGGCUUUUUGUUCGUAAGUGGUCCUAGUAUCGAGGAUCUUGUUUGUGUUUUGUGAGAAGUCUUGUUUCAGUGUGUUUCGUGUUUCUUAUUUUCCCUGUUCCUUUUAGCUUGCCAUGUGGGCUAAAACAAUUCUGUGUCUUGAGUUUCUUAUGGUGUCUUUGAAUGUGUGUCAUGGGAUGUUAUUUCGAUCUAUGUUAGUAUGUUAAAUAA